AUGACUGUAAGGGCCUUUGGAACCGUUGAAGAAGGAACCAUCGAAGAAGGAACCGCGAGGAUAGUCCCACUCUCCGUCAUCGACACUAUGGAUGUUGCUGAAGUUAAAUCGCGUGAUUACCCUCCAGGACUUUACCCUGGAGGAGAAACAAUUGGACUGGAUGUGUGGGAAGAACUGGUGAACUCUCCCAUUGGAGUAGUUGCUAGGCUAGCUGGACGCGAAAGCGUAUGGUCUGGUCCAUUGCCAAUAGAAAGGUUUGAAGCUGAUCAAUACAAAGAGUUUUUGGAGGAGUUGAAGGUGCCGCUUGGGAUGGGACCCAAGUUAGAUAAACUGAAGGAAGCAUUAGCGUUCUGUCCGCUUUUUAAUUUUGAAACGCGUAAGUGGUUGGGGCUGCUACUUCUUCAAGCCAUGGGAGUCUAUUGUUUGCGUCACAAGUCAAGGAUACCUUUUGAAAGUGCAAUAAGGGUAUUCGACGAUGAAGCCAUGGGGUUGUAUCCAUGGGAUCGGACUGCAUACGAAGUUUUCAUUGACUCUAUUAACACGUUGGCCCCAGAAGGAGGGUCAUACACAAUAAGCGGCAUGACCGUCGCGUUAUUGAUUUGGGCGUAUGAAUAUGUCGCCUGGUUCGGUGAGAAUUUUGGGAGGGUGGUGAAUAAUGAAGACGUUCUGCUUUUGCGAUGGGGUGUAAAGCGUACACGUGCAAGUUUUGAUAACUUGUUGGCUGCCGAAAUCAAAGAGCAUGGCGAGGGUAAUGCGCAGGGGAAGGGGAAUGAGAAGAAGAAGAAAAUGAAGGGUGGAGUUUCGUCAGAAGCUGAGCCACCCACUAAGAAGCAAAAGAAAGUUAAGACACAGAAUGAGUCUGAAGUUGCUGCAGCGGGAAAGGGUUCUAGCGAGAAGGAAGGUAGCAAAGAUUUGGAGUUGGAGAAUAAAGCGACCCUGAAGACCAUUGUGAGUACUCUGGAUAAUAUUUCCAGGAAAUUUGAGCAGUUUGACUCACGGUUGGAAGCUUAUGAGUUAGACCGGAACAGACCAUUGAUGGACAAAAAGACCAUUGAUGACAGCGUGAAAGCUUUACUGGAGGAGCAUCUGAAAAAUUUGGCGAAGGAGCUUGAUAAGGAAUCAGGGGUGAAAAGGACUUCGGCUGAGGAGUUUGGUAGUGUCGCUAAAACUACUGAUCUUGAUAGUCAACAUGUUGAUUUCGCAGAUGUUGCGUUUAAGAGGAAGGACAAGGCUGAGGCUAAGAAAAAAGAUGCUGAGGCUAAGAAAAAAGAUGCUGAGACUAAGAAAAAAGAGGCUGAAGCUAAGAAAAAAGAGGCUGAGGGUAAGAAGAAACAAGAGGCUGAGGGUAAGAAAAAAGAGGCUGAGUUAAAGAAGAAACAAGAGGCUGAUUUAAAGACGCGAAAACAUGUUGAGUCAAAGAACGAGGUGACUCCAUCUGGAGAGGACAGUGUAUUUGCUGAUGUGACUGACGAAGUUGUUGGGAGAGAGAAAGAAUUCACGCCGGAGUCUGACGUCGAGGGAUGUGAACUGCUUAGAUCUGCCAUAGUUAAUGAAUAUCGGGAGAAAAGUGUCAGUUAA